CCUCGUCGCAUCCCCGGGUCUGUGGUGGUUGGCGCGUCGGCUCGGAGAUGCCACAGGAGCUGGCGGCGGAACAGCGGGGACGGCUCCUGCGCUCUCUGAACACACGGGAGCCCUCUCACGUGAUCUUUUGUAAUCGGAGCCCCCGGGUGGUCAUCCCCAUCUGGCUGGACUUCGAGGGCCAGCCACAGCCCUACCCGGUCCUGCAGCCGGGCACCGGCCGGAGGAUGUACAGCUACCUCGAACAUCUUUGGCUGUUCAGAGAUGCAGAAACAGAUGAUGGACUUCUUGUCAAUCAGACAGAGCUGUUUGUGCCUACUCGCACUGUGAAUGGCCAGCCCAUAUUUGCAAAUAUCACACUUCCAGUGUUCAGUCUGAAAGAGAGGUGUCUUCAGGUUAUUCGCAGUCUGGUAAAACCAGUGGACUACAGGAGAUUGGAUAUUGUUCGGUCAUUAUAUGAAGAUCUGGAAGAUCAUCCCGACAUUAGGAAGGAUCUUCAACGGCUGUCUCUGGAAAGAAGUUAAAUGAUAAGGAAUGGUUUCUUAUCUGUUUCUGCAUCUCUGUGUCCCUGAUUUAAAAUGAACAUCAUUCAUUCCAGACUCUUAAGUGGGGAAGAAAACUCUACUGGGAAACUACUGUGUGUAAGUGAUGUUAACCACAUUGAAACACAUUUCAAGAGCUGAGUAGGUGUCAGGAUUUCAUGCUCUGAAAGGUGCCUGCUCUCAUUUGGUUUCAAUAUAUAAAAUUUAUUAGGAUGGCAAGAGCAAGAUUCAAGAGAUCAAAUAGUAUGUAACAUAUACCAAGUUUAUGAUGUUUCAGUUUAAACAUAGUAGAC